AUGAGGGACACAGCAGGACAAGAGCGAUUCCACACCAUCACCACCUCCUACUACAGAGGUGCCAUGGGAAUCAUGCUAGUGUAUGAUAUCACCAAUGCCAAAAGCUUUGAAAACAUCAGCAAAUGGCUUAGAAACAUAGAUGAGCAUGCUAACGAAGAUGUGGAGAGAAUGCUUUUAGGAAACAAAUGUGAUAUGGAUGACAAAAGAGUGGUACCUAAAGGAAAAGGUGAACAGAUUGCAAGGGAGCAUGGUAUUAGGUUUUUCGAAACUAGUGCAAAAGCAAAUAUAAACAUUGAGAAGGCAUUCCUCACGUUAGCAGAAGACAUUCUUCGAAAGGUAACCGCAAUCUUUAGCAGAAAAUGGGGUGGCAGGAACAUUAAAUACUGA